AUGGCCGUGACACUGUUGGAGGACUGGUGCAAGGGGAUGGACCUGGACCCCAUGAAGGCCCUGCUGAUUGUGGGGAUCCCUGUGGAGUGUACUGAGGAUGAAAUUAAAGAGACUGUGAGGGCAGGCUUACAGCCCUUGUACCCAUACAGGGUACUGGGAAGAAUGUUCAGAAGGGAAGACAAUGCUAAGGCAGUCUUCAUUGAAUUGGGUGACACCAUCAAUUAUGCUACAAUGCCUAGUCAGAUACCAGGAAAGGGAGGUGCCUGGGAAGUGGUGGUAAAACCCCGAAACCCAGAUGAGGAAUUUAUCAAUAGAUUGAGCUUCUUCCUGAAGGAUGAGGGCCGGAGGAUGGUAGAUGUGGCCAAAGCCCUGGGGUAUAGCCCUCCCGCUGAGGGCAAGGAGCCAGAGGGUGUUCCCCCAGUUGAACCGGUAGUUUUGCAGCCUGUGAAAGAAAACAUGUGGUACCGAAAACUCAAAAUGUUUUCAGGAACUGCCUUCCCAGGCCCAGGCGAAGAGCAGUUUGAAGUCUGGCUGGAGCAUGUCACUGAGAUGAUGCAGAUGUGGCAAGUGUGUGAGGUAGAGAAGAGGAGGCGUUUGCUGGAGAGCCUGCGUGGCCCCGCCCUGUCCAUCAUGCGGGUGCUCCGGGCCAACAAUGAGUCUAUGACCGUGGAGCAGUGCCUGGAUGCUCUGAAGCAGAUCUUUGGGAAUAAAGAAGACUAUAGAACCUCGCAGUUUAAGUUCCUUCAGACCUGUCAGAAGAUUGGAGAGAAAAUCUCCGUGUUUUUGGUGCGGCUAGAGCCCCUGCUGCAGAAAGCCGUGCAGCACAGCCCCUUGUCAGUGCGAAACACAGAUACAAUUCGUCUGAAACAUGUCCUAGCUCGGGCCAAUGUGACCAACAACCUCCGUGGCAAGCUCGAGCUCCUGGAUCAGCGAGGAUGUCCUCCCACUUUUCUGGAGUUAAUGAAGCUCAUUCGAGAUGAAGAAGAGUGGGAGACCACCAUGGCAGUGACGAAGCAGAAGCCAAGGCCUGCAGGGAGGGGCCGCAAGGUCUCCAGCAGACAGAUAUUAGAAGAAACCAGUAUUCCUAUCAUGCCUCAGGUCAUCGUGCAGGCAGGUACAUCUUGUGAGAGCAGCACUCAGACCAUUCAGAAAGGAAUUGCCCCAUCACUGAAGCGCAAGCAACUGCCCUGCUACUGUAGUGGAGAGGAAGGCCACAGCCAGGACAUAUGCCCUAAGGUUGAAAACCUAACACCAACAAAGCAGAUGCCUCAGCUUGCAGCAGAAGAGUCGGGAAACGAGGCAGGGGCUGGGGCCAUGAGCCAUCCCAAGCCCUAG